UCACAUGAACUCGGACAGAAGCGUGUAAACUAUUGACGGUUAUCUUACAGUUCUGUGACUGUUGCUUAAAGAAAUCUGGUGCCUGAAAUGAUCCGCUGGCUAACAGCAGGCUAGCUGAGCUAGCUUUAGAGGUUGACACAGGCUAGCUAACAGUAAACGGAUAGACAGUUAAUGUGACCACGACUAAUUCUAAAUAUUUUGAACAACAUUGAUGAACAUGGCUUUGUUGUGGUGCUCUCUGUCUUGUUUUCCAGGUUAACGUUAGUUAUUAAUAAGGGACAGUCUGGCAGGUAGCUAGCUAGCUACGAAUGUAGCUUUCAAGAACAGAAAACUGAAAAUCGACAAGACCUGAUAGUGAACUAUAUUCACUUUCAUGUCUUGGACCUGAAGCAAACUGAGGAUGACGAGUGAGGACGUGGAGCGGCUGUUGAUCCAGUUUCAGGACGAGCAUGGGGAGGUUCUGGGUUCACCUUUUGAUGUGCCUCUUGACAUCACCCCGGACAAACUGCAGCUGGUCUGCAAUGCACUGCUGCAGAAGGAGGAGCCAGUGCCGCUGGCAUUUUUUGUGCGUGGAGAGGCAGAGGUGGUGUCCAGUCUGGGCCCUUGUGUGAAAGCUCUUGGGGUUGAAACAGAGCAAGUCCUGCCAGUGGUGUACCAGCCACAGGCCGUGUUCAGGGUUCGGGCUGUUGCUCGCUGUACCAGCACGCUGCAGGGACACACAGAAGCUGUCAUCUCAACUUCUUUCAGUCCCACUGGCAAAUAUUUAGCCAGCGGUUCAGGUGAUACCACAGUACGGUUUUGGGACUUGGCGACUGAGACGCCUCACCACACUGCCAGAGGACACACACACUGGGUACUGAGCAUCGCCUGGUCACCUGAUGGCAAGAAGCUGGCGUCAGGGUGCAAGAACAGUCAGAUCUGUCUGUGGGAUCCAGUGACGGGCGCACAGAUAGGAAAGACUUUGACAGGACACACCAAGUGGAUCACUUGGCUCUGCUGGGAACCUCUGCAUCUUAACCCAGAGUGUCGGUACUUAGCCAGCAGCUCAAAGGACGGCUCAAUACGAAUUUGGGACACUGUGUUGGGACGCUGUGAGAAGAUCCUGACUGGACACACUCAGUCUGUCACCUGUGUGAAGUGGGGAGGAGAUGGACUUCUCUACACUUCUUCUCAGGACAGGACGGUCAAAGUGUGGAGAGCCAAAGACGGUGUCCAGUGCAGAACUCUGCAGGGUCAUGCCCACUGGGUGAACACCCUGGCUCUCAGCACAGACUACGUCCUGCGCACUGGAGCUUUUGAACCUGCAACUGCCACCAUCAACCCCCAGGACCUCACCGGAUCACUGGAAGAGCUGAAGGAGAAAGCUUUGCAGAGAUAUAAUAAAGUUAGGGGUUCAGCCCCAGAGCGCCUGGUAUCUGGCUCGGAUGACUUCACCCUGUUCUUAUGGAACCCUGCAGAAGACAAGAAGCCUUUGGCCAGGAUGACUGGCCACAGCGCACUCGUCAAUGAAGUGCUCUUCUCCCCAGACACCAGACUCCUCGCCUCUGCCUCAUUCGAUAAGUCAAUUAAAAUCUGGGAUGGACGCACUGGAAAGUACUUAAUAUCCCUGCGUGGCCAUGUGGCAUCUGUGUAUCAAGUGGCAUGGUCAGCAGACAGCCGGCUGCUGGUCAGUGGCAGCAGCGACAGCACGCUAAAAGUCUGGGACAUCAAGACUGGAAAGCUUAAUAUGGACCUACCUGGCCACGCUGAUGAGGUUUUUGCAGUGGACUGGAGUCCUGAUGGACAAAGAGUAGCCAGUGGUGGGAAAGACAAAUGUCUUAGAAUAUGGAGAAGAUAGUCACACCUCUGUUCCCGCUCCUAACUUUUGAUUUCACAUGUACCGUUCCACCCAUUCCUCUACUGUCAAGAAGCCCGACAACAGGAGUACGGUGGCAAGAAUCUACCUAAUCCCCCAUUUGGCUCUAUUACACUGUCUGUCAACAUUGGCAUUGUGUCAAAGAACUCUUGUAUAGUCAUGAGGGCAAAUGACCUUUGCGGGUUUGAAACCCAUGUGGUAAUUUUACAGACGUAACACUGUGAAGGUGUUAAGCUGAAUGGAAAUGUAAAAUGACAGAGUUUAUAAUCAUCAAGACAUCAAUCCACUGAGAUCACUGCAAGUACAAGCUAAACUGUAAUAUGUAAUUCAGUAUUAGCAUCUCCAGUUAGCAUCUCAUGUGAAUACUGAAAGGGUUGCUGUUCAUGUAAGCAUUGAUUUGUCUACUUAAGGGGCCAUGACAUGCUUCUAAAAUCGUAUUAAAGCCUUAUUAUGGUGCCACGCCCAUAUGUACAGGCCACAAACAAGGUUAUGUAUUUUUAAAAGUAUACAUAACCAAAUGUAAAUUCUAAAGAGGUAAAGGGAGAUGCAGGCAUUCAAAUUAUAAAAAAAAGAUUAAAAGAGGAUUUAAC